AUGCGUACUUCUUACGCCGUCCUCGCCAGUUUGGCCGUUUCGGCCCUCGCCUACCCGGCGGACCUUUCUCUCGAUUCUCGCGAUCUCGACACUCGCACCUUUCCCCUUGGAAUUAGUGGAGGAUUGAGCAUUGGUGGCUCAGUCGGUGGUAGCCUCGACCUGGAGGGCAUCAUCGGCGGUGUCCUUGGGAUCAGCGGGCAUGCUACCAGCUCUGUCACCAUCCUGGGUGGUAUCAGUGCCCAGGCUGCCGCUGCUCUGCAAGGUAGUGCCAUUGGAUGCGCUUCCGUUGACAUCCACGCCGAUGCUCGUGCCGAGCUGAAGGCCUGGCUGCAGACCCAAGCCUACAUCACCGGCUCGCUCAAGGCGUCCCUCAUCUCCUGGUGUGAUGGUGGUGCUGCUCUGGAGGUUGAUGUGCUGGCCGCUCUCUCCGUUUUCGUUCCUACCUGCGCCGAGAUCGCUGCUAAGGAGCAGCUCUACGUUACCCUCGACGGUAUCCUUUCCAUCUCGGAGCUCGAGUCUACUCUGGUUCUGAGCGCCGCCGCCCAGGCGGAACUUGUCCUUUUCCUCAAGGGUGCGGUUGACCUGAGUGCCGACGUUAAGGCUGCUCUGUGGGUCAUCGCCGAGGGCGGUGUUUGCGCUAGCUUGACUGCGGAGGUGAAGGCUGCCCUUGUUGCUUGGGUCCACGGCGCAGAAUGCACCCUGAGUGCCACUUUGAAGGCGGCCGUCAUUGGCCUCCUUGACCUCGAGGCCGGUGUUGAUGUCGUCGCUGUUGGAGCUCUGUCGGAGACUGCUCUCACCGUCGUCUCUGUUGGUGCUUCCAUUGCCGCCCUCGUGGAGGAGACCGGCGCUUUGACUGCCGCGGCCCAGGCCUCUCUCCUGGCUUACCUCAAGGCCGGCGUCGAGCUGGAUGUUUCUGUCCGCACUGCUCUUGAGGCCUGUGCUGCUGGUCACCUUGCCGCUGGCCUGAGCAUCGAACUCCGUACUGCUCUCGCUAUCUGGCUCUCCGGCGCCAGCUGCGACCUCGGUGUUGAGCUCAAGGCCGUUGUUCUUCUCUGGCUGUCUCUGGCCGUCAGCGCUGAGGCCUCUGUCGACCUUGUUGCGGGUCUCGUCGGUGAUGUCCUCGGCUUCCUUACCGAGACCCUUCUCGCUUCCCUCAGCAUUGAGGUUCGUGGUGCCCUGGGCCUGCUCGCUGCCGGUGAGAGCAUUACCUGCCUUACCUUCGAGACCAUCGCCGAGCUCGUUGCCUUCCUUGGUGGCUGCGUCGACAUCGACAUUGGUUUCAGCUUCGAGCUUAUCAUUAUUGAGUGGAUCACUGGAUGCCGCCUGCCUGGUGCUCCUGCUCCCAGCUCGACCGCUACCGUGUCUAUCGGUGGUUCUACCUCUGUUACUCUCCCCGGCGGCUCUAUUCCCUCCGCCACUGUCCCUGCUUCCAUUCCUGCCAUCCCAUCCGGUGCUUCUCCCACUGGCUCUGCCUCUCCUUCCAGCGGCGGCGGUGUUCCAUGGCCAACUGGCUCUACUGGAGGCUCUACCGGUGGUUCCACUGGCGGUUCAACUGGCGGCUCUACUGGCGGCUCUACCGGUGGCUCUACUGGUGGUUCCGUUGGUGGUUCCGGUGGUGCUUCCUGGAGUGCUACCUGGAGUGUCGGCGGUGGCGCUCCUGCCCCUACCAGUCCUCCCACUGUUGUUACCCCUGCUCCUUGGGUCCCCGGUGCUUGCACCGAGACCGUCACGGUCACCAAGACUGUGUGCGCUUGCAGCGAGUAA